AUGAAACAAGAACAAUUUCGGCAAGACGAACAAGCAGCCAUCGAUUACCUUAAUUCUACAUUGGACCUUUCUUUAACAUUAAAUCAUCAACUUCAUCAAGAACUGAAAGACGGUGUUUUGUUAUGCAAUCUUGUAAAUAAACUUAAGCCUGGUACAAUCAAGCAAGUCGGUCAAAGAGAUCUAUCGUUUAUCAAGAUGGACAACAUCACUCGGUUUUUGCAAGGAGCCAGACAGCUUGGGUUGAAUAGUGCGCAAUUAUUUGAGACUAUAGAUCUGUUUGAAGCCAAAGACAUGACAGCUGUCAUACACACAAUAUUAGCAAUAUCUCGUCUUACUGAAAAACAAAUUGCAGCAGCACAACAUCAACAAGAACUACAAAAACAACAAUUCCAAGAUCAAGAAGAUCAAGAUGAAGACCCUCAUAUCGAAAACAAUCAAUUGAAUGAGUUUUCUGCUGGCCAUCACUCAGAAAAUCGUCUUUCUAGUAAGAACAGGCAUGAAAAUGACCGAGAUAACGACCCACAUUUUGAGCAUAGUGAACAAGAAGAGCAAGAAAAAUCAACAAAAUACCGAGAUGUAAGAGAUAUUUUUGGUGGUUUCUCCUCUUCAGAAACAGGAGAAAAAACAGUAGAAGGUGGAGAAUCGAGGCUUCGAUUGAACAGAGAUGCGCUUGUUGCCUCUCGCAAAGCAGGCCUUCGAUCUACCUACACAGCUCCCUCAGAUACGUUUAGCUAUGAUGACGAUUAUGAACACCACAAAAUGUCUCGCACAACGCCUUCCUCACCUACGUCUAAUAGUUUUUCAAGACCCCCCAAAUCACCACUACGUCUUCCUCCUCACUAUGAUGACCACAACCAUGAUUUACCGCCAUUAGACCCCAUGGCCACGCAUUCAUCAAUAUCAUCAGUGAACUCUUCUGUUUCUGCCAUGCUCCCAAAAACGCCAAAAAAUGCAUCUAUCCGCAACAAACCAAAGGACAUCUUGGAAGACAUGACCAACCAACAUCAUCACCAUCAGCAGCAACAGCAGCAGCAAAGAAAGCAACACCGUCGAUUAUCUUCUCCUGCAGAACGAACCAAACGACAAAGCAACACUUUUCCUAAUCGCAACAACACAAAUGGACUCAACGCUUCAGGCUCUUCUAAGAAACGGGCAGAAUUAGAAAUCAUGAAAGAAGAAGUUUCGCCACCUGUUGUGAAGGGAGGAAGUUUAGGCCAUAAACUUGAUCGUCAAUAUCGAGAAACAGCGAACGAAAUCCUAGCUAAAUCACCCGCUGAAGAUGACAGGGAAGAGAGAUUGCUAUUGCAUACAAAAGAUGAUCAAACAACCACACAUUAUCAAUUGGGUAACUGCAUUGGUAAAGGUCAAUUUGGUUCAGUGUAUCGUGCACUUGAUUUGGCAACAGGAGAAAUUGUUGCUGUCAAACGGCUCUUGUUUGAAAAUGGUGAGCUAGAUCAAGAAAUGAUGAAAGAAGUAGCUCUGCUCAAAACCUUGUCUCAUUCAAACGUCAUUCGUUAUUUGGGCUUUAUUCAGAGCAAGCACAGUGUCAACAUCAUUCUGGAAUUUGCAGAAAAUGGGUCUCUCAUGUCUACACUAAAAGCAUUCGGGGCAUUUCCCGAAAAAUUGGUAGCGUCUUUCUGUAUAAAGAUCCUCAACGGACUCGAAUACCUUCACCAAAACCAAGUUGUUCAUUGUGAUCUAAAAGCUGCCAACAUAUUGACUACUAAAACGGGCGAUGUCAAACUAACUGAUUUUGGUGUGUCCCUGAAUUUGAAGAUCAAAGGAGCUGAUGCAGGUUCCGUCUCAGGCACGCCCAAUUGGAUGGCACCUGAAGUCAUUGAAUUGAAGGGAGCUUCCACCAAAUCCGAUAUAUGGUCUCUGGGCUGUACAUUGGUCGAACUUGUUACUGGAAAGCCACCCUAUGCCGAUAUGAUUGCCAUGUCUGCCAUGUUCCGUAUCGUUGAAGAUCAAUGUCCACCACUGCCAGAGAACAUCUCUUCUGAUAUGAAGAACUUUUUGGAGGCAUGUUUCCAAAAGGAUCCUGAAGCUCGUCCCUCUGCUACGCAAUUAAAGCAACAUCCUUGGAUCUUGCAAAAUCAACAACGCAUCAAAAAGACAGAAACCUACUCUCAUGAUUUGUCCAGCUACUUGCGUAAUCACCCUCAACAAGUGUAUCCUUGUGAUACAGCUGAUGAAGACGAAUCUCAACAAGAUGAAAUGGACCAAAGCAACAUGACACUGAGAAAUAGCAGUGGUAUUGACAUGACCGAAAGCCAAAUGACACUGUACGAUGAUGGCGAUGAAGACGCGGAACAGCAAAUUGAACGUCUCAAGGUGCCUCUUGGCUUGCGAGAUGAAGAAGACUACAUCACGCAUCGUUUCAUCCAUACUUCCUUUGGUAAAGUUGUCGAAUGCAAAGUGUGUGGUGAUUUAAUGACUGCACAGUCUAUCUUUUGUGAAGUGUGUGCUCUUAUUUGUCAUGAGCAUUGUAAAAAAUUAGCGUUUUCAUGUCCUCCCAAGGUCAAUGAACAGCAGCCCUCCUACGAUUGGGUUUUCUCUGCUAAAAUCUAUAAUCAUAGCCGUAAAUCUCAUGAUCCCUCAAGAACCUUUCCUAGUACAAAGAACAGCGGUAUUCACAAGUCAACGCCAGUGCAUCUGAAACCAGAAGACGCAGAGAGCAUUCGCCAAUACGCAUUGGCACUUGGAUUGACACCACAAGAAGAACAAGCACUCAAUGGCAAUCAAGCCUUGUUAUCGCAUACUUUAUUAUUACAGCAACAGCACAAGAUUGAUCCUGGUACUUUGAGACACCAAGCAUUAACAACAAGAUCAUUAGGAAAAGAUGACAAGAAGAAGCGACACAUCAAUGGCAGAAGACAAUCUGAAGAAUGCAUCAUUUCUUAA